AUGGCUCGGACCAAGCAGACGGCGAGGGCUUCCACUGGCGGGAAGGUCCCUCGUCGAGCGAUCGCCACCAAGGCGGCCCGUCGCUCGGCGGGCCUGUGGCGCGAGAACGGGGAGGAGGUCCGUGAAAGGGCGUCCCACCGCGUCAACCGACCGUUCAUUGACUUCGAAGACUCAAGGAAUGCUGAACACCUCUCAACCCUUUGGGAGCACGCCGGACGCUCCGAUGUAUCCGCGGUUAGGUAUCAGGUAGGAGAUGGAUCCUUCCGCAUUAGAUACAAAGAGGUCGGUAAUCGUGCACCCGUCGUGGCGGCCGUCUCUGCCGCCGGGGCCCGACUUCUCCUCGGGCCCCAUGUGCUGGCAUUCGUUGCGGCUCGUCUGUCCCGGAAAGCUUGGUUCACUGCCGACCGGUGCUUCCGGCUCGGGCUCACCGAGAGUCACGGCGACGAGAGAGAGUACCUCUGCUGCGACGACCCCGAUUGGGUCGUCGAGCUGGUUUGGUGCUCUGACGGUAGCAACGGCGAAGCCCAGGGGUGCUAUUACGCCGUCGGGGAGGGGAGCCAGGAUAAGUACCUUAUCCUGCUCUACACGAUGACGUUCGAUCGUGUGCCCUCCGAGAACGAGAACGCCCGCCGGGGCUUCAACUCUGCCUUCGAGCGAGACUCCUCGACACGCAUGGACGCAAUCCUGGCCAUCGACAACUGGUGUAGCCAGAAUAGGGGCAAGAAGAAGCGCGUUAACUACGCCAUGUCUCGCAACGUCUCUCCCUUGGCGUCGAGGUAUUUCACCAGGUCUCAGCCCGUACCGUUUCAAGACAACACCAUCCUCUGUCUCCGUUCUGCCGUCUGCAACGCCAUCUCACUUGUCGCUGGCCGGCGCGCUGCCGACCGCGUCUGGGCGGCGGAGUCGGAACGAGUCACCGAGUUCGAGCGCCGAAAGAACUAUUCGCCGAGCGUUCAUCACUUCACUCAUGUCCAACGGACCCUUCAAGCUGAUUACCACGGCACUGUAUCCUUGGAUCACGUGGUUCCGCCGCCUGGGUCAACCAUUCAUGGCAGGUCCAGUGCCAGGUCCCCGUUAUGGCGGAGCUCGGACGUCAGUUGGCUACUCCGCCUGUCGACAAGUGUGGAAGCCGGUGUCUACGUCCUCCGCCUCAAUGACAUCCAUCGCUUCCAGCACGCUAUUUGUCUGGACGCGCGGACGGAACCGGCGCUGAUAUAUGACUGUUCUGAGCGGUAUGCCAUGCAGCUCACGAGCAGUUCUCUCCGCUUGUGCUGCCCCGCUGGCGAUCCGACCAAGUUUCAGUACUUCGACGAUAUGCGCGUCGUGCACCGAAUGGCAAAGCGGGAUAGAAGCGACGGCAAGAGUCUCGGUCAGGAACACAAGAAGAAGAGGGUUCGUCGAGGUAAUCGUGGCCCAACCCUAUCACAUGGUAAGGGUCGUCGUGCAAAAGGAUCACUCAAGUAA